UUUUUCUCUGGCCUCGUCUCUGCAACAAAUUACUGAGUUUCGCCAACUCAAGUAGAAGAAGAGGUAGAGAAGGAUGUCUGAGUACAAAGCUGCGUUUCUAAACGAUGAGCUUUCGAAACGUACCUUCAUAUUCGGCCUCCGUUUAUGGGUUGUAGUGGGUAUCUGCGUUGGAGCUGCCUUUGUUCUUAUCCUGUUUCUGAUAUCCCUCUGGUUUGCCUCGAAACGCAAUAACUCUGCUAAACUCAAUCCUUCUCAAAAACCCACAAUCCCAAAUGUUUCCAGAGAGAUACAAGAGAUCCGAAUCGACAAUGCCAGGAACCCAACUCGCCACCAACAAGACACGACGCUUAAUCAGCAGCUUGCGCUACUUCCACCAAACCACCCUUUACCCGAUUCGGAAGCAGUGGGCACAAUUGAACGUCAAGCUCUGCUUCCCCUACCGGAGGAAGAAAGCCCAAUUGGGCUUCACAGAAUUCACAUUGAAAUUGGGAAGGACCACAGAAUUACAUACCCUGAACGUGCUGGUGGGUCUUCGCAUGGCAGCGUGGAGACUCGCUCUGUUGAUCAGAUGUCGAUAGCCAUCCCUGAGGUCUCCCAUUUGGGUUGGGGCCAUUGGUAUACUCUUAGAGAGCUUGAGGAUUCAACUGAUGGGUUUGCUGACGAGAAUGUAAUCGGUGAGGGUGGGUAUGGGAUUGUUUACCGUGGAGUCUUACAGGAUAACUCCCAGGUUGCUGUCAAGAACUUGCUCAAUAACAGGGGGCAAGCUGAGAGGGAGUUCAAGGUUGAAGUUGAAGCAAUUGGACGUGUUCGGCAUAAGAAUUUAGUGAGGUUACUAGGUUACUGCGCUGAAGGAGCUCAUAGGAUGCUUGUUUAUGAAUAUGUAGAUAACGGUAACUUAGAACAGUGGCUCCAUGGGGAUGUAGGUCCUUACAGCCCUCUUACAUGGGAGAUUCGUAUGAAUAUCAUCCUUGGAACAGCAAAAGGGUUGACAUACCUUCACGAGGGACUCGAGCCAAAGGUUGUUCACCGUGACAUUAAAGCAAGCAACAUUUUGCUCGACAAGCAAUGGAACCCCAAGGUCUCCGACUUUGGACUUGCCAAGCUCUUGGGCUCAGAGAGGAGUUACAUCACAACUCGUGUCAUGGGAACAUUUGGCUAUGUGGCUCCUGAAUAUGCUAGUACUGGCAUGUUGAAUGAAAGAAGUGAUGUAUAUAGUUUUGGGAUUCUUUUUAUGGAGAUAAUUUCUGGGAGGAACCCUGUUGAUUACAGCCGUCCUCCUGGAGAGGUGAACCUGGUUGAGUGGCUCAAAACAAUGGUUGCGAAUCGGAAUGCUGAAGGAGUGCUGGACCCUAAGAUACCUGAGAAGCCUUCGUCGAGGGCAUUGAAGCGAGCUCUCUUAGUUGCUUUACGCUGUGUUGACCCAGGUGCACAUAAGAGGCCAAAGAUGGGGCAUGUGAUACAUAUGCUAGAAGCUGAUGAUUUCCCCUUUAGAGAUGAUCGUCGAGCAGGGAGAGACCCAGGAAGCCCAAAAGAUAGGUUGAUGGAGAAGCCGGAGACAGAAUCAGGUGAUAGCAGUGGGUAUGAAACUGGCAGUUAGGGCUAGUUGGAGGAAGCAAGAAUUCCAAGAGCAGUAGAUGAUGCCAGGCUGAAGUAAAAUGUGAAUGGCUGAUCAAUUGAUCAUCUGAUCUACUACUCCCAAUCCAGUACUGGCCCAUGCAAAUAUCAUAUAUCCUCCUAUGUUGGUUGGAUCAACUUUAGUUUUAAGCAGUAGCUUGUGUAGCAUGGAGAGCAUCUGUACUGUUAUGGUGUAUGUUACAAAUGAUGAUUCAACCAUGUUGAAGUUUCUCUUGAAAGAAGCAUUUUAUGAUGAGACCACCAUUGAAACAAAAAGAGGAAGGG